UCGAUACAAACAGCAAGGCAAUUCGCACCAUGGUAGGGGGCGACGCGAAUCUCUUCCAGCUAGCGGAUGGCAUCUCGUGUCACGCAUGGAACAAGGACCGCUCCAAGCUGGCCAUCUGCCCCAAUUCGAAUGAAAUCUGGAUCUACUCGGGCUGCCACGCACCCAACCCGUCGCAAUGGCGCAAGGAGGCCGUGCUCACGGAACACGACAUGCUUGUGUGCGGUCUGGACUGGUCGCCUGUGCAUGAUCAGCUCGUGUCUUGCUCACACGACCGCAGCGCUUUUGUGUGGAAGUAUGAGGCUGCUUACCGCCAGUGGAAGCCGCUGCUUGUGGUUCUGCGCAUCACACGCGCUGCCACAAAUGUCAAGUGGAGUCCUGACGGCAAGAAGUUUGCUGUGAGUAGCGGUGCCAAGUGCGUGUCGGUGUGCUACUACCAGGCAGCGGAGAACUGGUGGGUCAGCAAGAUCAUCAAGAAGCACAAGUCCACGGUGACGGACUUGGACUGGCACCCGAACAGCCAACUGCUAGUGACUGCCAGCACGGACCUUAAAUGCCGCGUGUUCUCAGCGCACAUCAGCGACAUCGAUGGACCGCCUGACGCGGGUCCGUUUGAAGCUUUGCCGCCGUUCGGUGAACCCCUGGCGGAGUUCGACAAUGCCAGCGCGUGGGUGAACGCUGUUGCGUGGUCCCCUAAGGGCAACCGCUUGGCUUUUGCCGGCCAGGGAUCGUCCAUUCACAUAGUGCACUUUGGUGCGCCUGGCGAGUACCCAACAAUCCAGUCGAUCCGGCUCUCGCACUUGCCGCUGAUGCGCAUUAUGUUCCUGUCGAACGCUGCGAUUGUCGGAGUUGGUUACGACUUCAACCCUUUGCUUUUCUCCGAGGAUGCCAAUAACUUCUGGUCGUUCUCUGAGUUUGUCGACAAGAAGCCGACUGAGAGCGCUGUCAAGAAAAAUGCGGGUGGCUUCAACGCUGCUCGGAGUCUGUUUGAAAGCAAGGUGACGAGAGGCCAGUCGUCUGAUGCCACUCAACUCGAUAAGAACAUGCUGUGGAUGAAACACGAGAGUAACAUCACAUGCAUUCAGCCCUACACCAAAUCAGCCUCUGGUGGCGUCACGGAAUUCUCCACCUCUGCUCUUGACGGCCGCGUUGUUCUGUGGAAGCUGGGAAGCUUGAAUGUGGAAUUGAGCAAGCUUCAUCUGUAAAAGGAUACUGUGUUAAACGAAAGCUCUGCGAUUCACCUGUAGACUCGGCAUUAAACAGAAACGCCCCGUUGGUGAUGCUAGCGGAACAAGCCUGACACUACAUGAAUGGACAAUACACUUGUCUGAUGAUUGUUCUGUA